AUGGAAUUAUCAGCUGAGGUGAUGGAAGCCAUGACUCGACUCAUGACUCAACAAAUCAACGAGGCUAAUCAAUCCCUUGCUACCACGCUGUCACAACAAUUCCAAGAACAAGUAGAGUCAUUACAAACGCAAUUGGAGCAGAAGCUGAAAGUGACUGUACCUGAAGAUCACUCCACGGAUAGUGACGUUUCUCAUACACCUACACUAUCAGAAGCUAGGCGUAUCCUUAAAGGAAAAGGCCUCGCGGGUACGACGUCCAAACCGGAGACUAAACGUCAGCAUAACCUUCAUGCUGGAACUCGUACACGCGUUGGUGGGAGGGAAACCAUCUUUAACCGCCAUAGGUCUCCCUCACUCCCUCACCAUGAAGAACUACGGGCGCAGCGACCUAGAGCUCCUCGACAACGCUCUAGAGAGACUAUGCUUGCUGGUCAUCAAGUUCACUUGCACCAUUACUCGAAGGAGGAUGAAAGCAAUGAUGUUUCUGAUCACAACAGGGGUACCAUUAGAAGAGAAAGGGGAUGCGAGUUUGAUCCAGCUCGCCGACAAAUCAAUCACCUCAAGAUUAAGUAUCCUGCGUUCCACGGCUCCAAUGACCCUGAAACCUAUCUUGACUGGGAAAGAAAGAUGGAGUCAAAUUUUCUGGUUCAAGGAACUUACGAGUGCAACAAGGUGAAGAUCGCGGUUUCAGAGUUCCAUGACUACGCGUUGCUAUGGUGGGAACAACUAGGACUUAACCGGAACCGUCUCAGGGAACUUCCCAUCACCACUUGGGAACAACUCGUUACGCACAUGAGGAGGAAGUUCAUACCAGCUCAUUAUCAGCGUGAAGUUCUCAGCAAGCUUAGGCGUCUUAUGCAGGGGACUAAAUCCGUUCGAGAUUACUACCAGGAGCUAGAAACCCUUCUCAUACGAGCGGACUUGCGAGAGGGAGAUGAAAUGGUCAUGUCUCGUUUUCUAGGAGGUCUUAACCGAGAAAUCCAAGACAAAGUGGAGAUUCGGAGCUAUUUGGACAUACAAGACAUGGUACAUAAGGCAGAGUUGAUUGAAUCUCAAAUCAAGAGGCGUCAGGUCAGACCUAGUUUCACGCCAAGUGUGGCUAAACCCAAGGACAAUAAACCCACCUCCACCACCGUCACCGAAGUAGUGAAGUCGGAAUCGAAACCAAAAGUCAGCAACUCCCUCAGUAACACACGGUGCUUUAAAUGCCAAGGUAUGGGGCAUUACUCUCGUGAUUGUCCCAACAGGAAGCUGUACUUACUGCAAGAAGGAGGAGAGAUCGUUCCCCAAGAGGAAGAAGACCAUGUAACCGACCAAGAAGAAGAAGAAGAGGCAGCAGCCGUGGGAGAGAUGUUGGUUACCAGGCGUACUUUAAGUGUACAAAAUCAGCUUGAAGAUAACUGCCAACGAGAAAACCUCUUUCAUACUCGUUGUUUCGUCAAAGGUAAAGUUUGUAGCCUUAUCAUCGACGGUGGAAGUUGUACCAAUGCCGCGAGUGAGAUUAUGGUCCAGAAGCUGCAACUUGAAACCAUACCCCAUCCUAGACCGUAUAAGCUACAAUGGUUGAAUGAGAGUGGAGCUUUAACCGUUUCUCGCCAAGUCAAGAUUUCAUUAACCAUCGGCAAGUAUGAGGAUGAAGUGUUAUGCGACGUACUACCUAUGGGAUCAAGCCAUGUGUUGUUGGGACGGCCGUGGCAAUCAAACCGCAAGGUUAUUCAUGACGGCUACACCAACAAACAUUCAUUUGAGUACAAGGGGCGCAGGGUCACUCUACUUCCACUAACGCCUAGCGAGAUAUAUCAAGAUCAACUCCAUCUCAAAAACGAUCAGGCAAGGGAUAAGACAGGCGCCAACAAUCUAUACAUCAACCAUAGUGAGGUUUCUAAACUCUUAAAUUCUGAUGCGACUAUAUUGAUGUUUGUAUACAAGGAAUCCCUUGUUAGUACUAACCCUUCACAGGAGCUUCCUAGUGGUAUGACUAAGAUUUUGCAGGACUAUAGUGAUGUAUUUCCAGAGGACACUCCACAAGGAUUACCACCCAUACGCGGAACAGAACAUCAGAUCGACUUCGUACCAGGGGCUACCUUACCGAACCGACCUGGUUAUCGAACUAACCCGGUGGAAACAAAGGAGCUACAAAAACAAGUUGAGGAAUUGAUGACUAAGGGUCAUAUCCGUGAGAGUAUGAGCCCAUGUGCGGUCCCAGUCCUAUUAGUCCCAAAGAAAGAUGGCUCUUGGAGGAUGUGUGUGGACUGUCGUGCCAUCAAUAAUAUAACCGUCAAGUAUAGGCACCCGAUUCCAAGACUAGACGACAUGUUAGACGAGUUAUGCGGCUCAACUAUUUUUUCCAAGAUAGACUUGAAGAGUGGUUACCAUCAGAUCCGUAUGAAGGAAGGAGACGAGUGGAAAACUGCAUUCAAGACCAAGCAAGGGCUAUACGAGUGGUUAGUCAUGCCAUUCGGUCUUACCAACGCCCCAAGCACAUUCAUGAGACUAAUGAACCACAUGUUGAGGCAAUACAUCGGAGUCUUUGUGGUUGUUUAUUUCGAUGAUAUACUUGUCUACAGUAAAGGUUUGGAAGAACAUCUUGAUCAUGUCCGAUUGGUUCUUGAUGUUCUUCGCUCUCAAUCUCUUUUCGCUAAUAUAUCUAAGUGUUCCUUCUGCACUAAUGAGGUAGUUUUCCUAGGCUUUGUAGUAAGCGCAGAUGGUGUGAGGGUAGAUGAAGAGAAGAUAAGGGCAAUCAAAGAAUGGCCGAUCCCUCAGACGGUAGGAGAGGUCCGAAGCUUCCAUGGCCUAGCUGGUUUCUACCGGCGUUUUGUCAGAGAUUUCAGCACUAUUGCAGCUCCAUUAACCGAAGUUAUCAAGAAGGAAGUGGGAUUUAAAUGGGGGGACGAACAAGAAAAGGCUUUCUUAGCCUUAAAAGAGAAGCUUAUCAAUUCUCCUCUCUUAGUUCUUCCUGAUUUCUCAAAAACUUUUGAAAUUGAAUGCGAUGCUUCAGGUGUAGGAAUCGGAGCUGUACUAAUGCAAGACAAAAGGCCAGUAGCCUACUUCAGUGAAAAGCUGGGAGGAUCCACACUGAACUAUCCAACUUAUGAUAAGGAGCUGUAUGCAUUAGUGAGAGCCUUGCAGACAUGGCAGCAUUAUCUAUGGCCCAAGGAGUUUGUGAUACAUACAGAUCAUGAAUCACUUAAGCAUCUCAAGGGACAACAAAAGCUCAACAAGAGACACGGCGGCCUUGCUGGUCACUUUGGAGUCACCAAAACUUUGCUUGACCUCCAGGGACACUUCUACUGGCCACACAUGAAGAAAGAUGUCGAAAAGGUUUGUUCAAAAUGUGUUGUCUGUAAACAGGCCAAGAGUAAGGUGCAACCUCACGGUUUGUACACUCCUUUACCUAUACCAUCUCAUCCUUGGACAUAUAUCUCUAUGGAUUUUGUGAUAGGCUUACCUCGAACCAGGAAUGGUAGAGAUUCGGUUUUUGUGGUUGUGGACAGGUUUAGCAAGAUGGCUCACUUCAUAGCUUGCCACAAAACCGAUGAUGCUGUUAGCGUGGCUAAUUUGUUCUUCCGAGAGGUAGUGAGGCUACACGGUGCCUCAGGUCAUAGUCUCAGAUCGUGA